AUUCAGCUUAGCACUUGAAGUCAGCAGUAUUCAGGUCAUCGUAAUGUCCUCACAGAAGAUACAGCGCCUGCUUGAACCGCCUGAUGCAUCUACUGCGCAUCAGUUUGCACUAGAUUACCUCAACUCCAGUUUCGCUCAUAUAGACGACCUCGAUGGGAUUGACAAAGUCCUGUCACAAACAAAAACACGGAGCUCGGAACUGCAACGUCAACUCUCUGCAUCUCAGCAAUCGAUUGACUCACUCAUAACGAAGACUCGCAUGGCAGCACUUGCUAACCUUGACACUGCUCGUGGGCUUGCGGAAGACAGAGAGUCGAUAGACAACGAGAUGACUUACCUCUCGCACGAGCUCGUCUCAUCUCUUUCUCCAUCGAAAUCGGGAGUUAACCCCACUCUCCUUGAGGACAUUGAGACUAUGCAUCGCGUACUGAAGGAACUUGAAAGCGUGCGGGCAUACGUAGCUGUCAUAGAGCGUACAUUGACGCUGAGCGAAGGAGCACUAGCGCAGCUGCGCAGUACGCCAUCCCCACUUUCCACAUCGUCGACGGCAGAAUACAAUAGGCUAAGCUCCUUCGUUAACAAUGUUGUUCAAACGUGCAACGCCGUGCAAGAUAUCGGGAGCGUUGAGCAGUCUCUACAUCUUGUUGCAUUUGUACGGCGUAUUCGCGACAAGACGUGGUCAGAUAUAAAAGGGAUGUUUUCUGCCAAACUGACUAGCGCGCUGGACAAUCUCAAAUGGCCAAUGCCCGUUGACUACCCUGCUGCAAGCGUGGAUGACCGCAAAUCCUUUGAGUCUGCAUUCAAAGACUUGAUAUCGCUGCAAGAAAUUGGCGAGAAUAUCGAGGGUUCAACAAACCAACUUGAAAUAGGUUCUCAGGGCUUAUACCCUCUAGAAACCCUCGCGCAUGCAAUAUCGCUUCGUUUCAAAUACCAUUUCGAAACUGAACGAGAGACAAAUCGCCUUGACAAACCAGAGUGGUAUCUCUCACAUAUAAUGAACGUGGCUCACGACCAUCGACCAUUCAUGGACAAUGUCAUACAACGUUUGCUUUUGCGCACUAAAUACCAGCGUGUUAAUGCAUGGCAAAAUUACAUUACUCUCCUUGUCCCAAUCCUGGAGCGCAAGUUGCGGCGCACAGUUCCGACUUUGCUCUCUCACCCUGCCCUGUUGGCGCACACUGUUUAUCAGGCAUUGAUCUUCGAUUCCAAUAUGCGUGAAUCAGGCUAUGAAUUUGUGGUCAGUGCAGAGGCAAGGAAGACUGCGGAGAAAGGAGGCGUCAGUUCUGUCAUCCUUUGCCAGAAGGAGUGGUUUGACGCAUGGUUAGAGGGCGAGAAAAAGUUCGCUGAGGACCAGUACCAUGAAAUCAUCAGUGCUUCAGAUGCAUGGGUUAUUGUUGAUGAUGAUUCAAAUGACUCCGAGGAAUACAAACUCUCCCGCUCGAUAGCCGAAUUGAAGGCUACGAACUCAGCUCGUCGAAUAAAGGCACUCGUCGAACAAGUUACUGAUCGCUACUCUCCCCUUCCCUCUUUCACCCAUCGCACGCGUUUCCUUAUCCAUGUCCAACUUCCUAUCCUCGAGCAGUAUUACUCUCGUAUAUCUUCUUCCUUGGAUGCCUUCGAGACACUUUCAUCUGCUCUGGUGCGAGCGGUCCCUGGUGCACUAGGGGUUGAGGGAGCAAAGACAGACUCGCGUAAAUUGACUGGAGGCAUUGAAGGUAGCCAACGGUUGUGCAAGGCGCUGCUCAGCGCGCGAUAUGCCGAGUCUGCAAUGCAAAGAUGGGGAGAGGAAGAGUUCUUCUUGGAACUGUGGACAGAAAUUAACCAUCGGGCAGCCCUACGUACGCGGGCGCAAAUGCAUCCCUCUCUGCCAAAUUCUGCCGAUCACCAGUCUAGCAAGAGCGAUGCACCGGAAUGUACUAUCUUCGAGGAGCUAAUUACACAAUACACGAAGCUCGCGUCAAGGGCGGAAGAUAUGCUUGUGAGUCAAGUUUGUGGUGAAACCGAAACUGCUUUGAAACCACACUUCGUGUCUAUCACAUCUCCCAAGGAAGGAGGUGACAUUCAAAAUGCAGAUGAUCGAAUCGCCGUGCCCCCAAGUCUCCUCCCAUCCAUUGCUCUCUUAUCUGCUCACCUCAACUUCAUCCGCAAUACACUUCCGACUGCAGUGACAACCCAUGUAUAUAGGCGGAUAGCAACACGCAUCGCGGAGCACAUUCUUCAGCGCGAAGUUCUCUUUCGCCCGGGACUCACAAGGGGACAAUUCCGCACAGGACUUGCACGGGAGCAGGCGCGUUCCGUUCAAGCGGAAUCCGAACUUUGGGCCGAAACUUGCCAGGCUGCCUUGAGGACUUCGCGGGCCAGGGCUGAGGGUCCUUGGGGACGGCUACUAGUCGCAGGCAGACUACUUGGCGCAGGUAGACAGGAAGUGGACAGGGCCGUGAAGGAAGUCCUUAACGGGCAAGGGGAUAAUUGGGAGGAUGCUUUGGAUGCCGCCACGAGCCUCGGAUCAGGAGGUUUAGGGAAAGAAGAGGUCAAGACAGUGCUCCGGCUGCGGGAUGAUCUAUAGACCAACCGUGCAGGGGCGAGCAUGCGUGUAGCGGCGUGGGAGGGGAAUGGUGAGAGUUGUCUGAUGAUAUGCUUUCAUACCACGCGGAGCCCCCCUCAACACAAUAUAGCUUUCGAAUCAUUGAUAUGCUCUAGGAGGAUCAGAUAAUAAUAUCAUGACAGCGUCAAAAUUGACUUUGAUCAGCAGUUCAGACCUCCUGAUC